UCCAUUAAUUCGACUGGACAUCCAAUUUACUUUAACGAAAACAAAGGUGAUAAUUAAACAUUGAGAAAUAAAAUAGAUAAACCAUCCAAUAGAUGGAGAUGUAAAUCUAAUGUUAAAUGAUUAUAACCUUUAAAGAUGAAUCCGAUUGAUGAGUUUGCUCUGUUGUGAUAAAAUAGAAAAAAGAAAAGUUUCAUUCUAGUUAACAGUUAACCGGCAAUUUAGUUGAUUGUCAACAUCAGAUUAAUACACUUACCCUAAUAAAAUUCAAUGUGAACAGUCAACAAGAUUAUUUAACAAUGAUUGGAAAAGGGAAAUUAAAGCAACAAUUAACGUAAUUAUUUAAUUCUGAAAAGUAACAAGAUUGGAUUGUUUCUGUGUGAAUUUGAUUUUUUCUGUGUGUCAAUAAUUUCAAUUGGAUUGAAAUCAAUUCAAUAGGAAUUAUUAUCAUGCUUGUUUGUGUUUUCUAGAAGAAAAUUGAUAAUCUUUAAGAUUGUAAUCAACUAAUCAACUAUUUAAUGUAUUAAAUCAAAAAUAAUUAAAGUGAAUGAAAAUGAAUUUAUCUUCAUUGAUUAAUUUACUUUUUCUUUGUUCUUGUUUAAUUAUCUUUCUAUUGAUAACUUAUUGUGUUCCAAAUGUUCAAGGAUUAUCUCAAUCAUCUUUAUCUUCAUUUUCUUCAUUUUCCUCGUCUCCAUCUCCAUCAUCAUUUCCAAUAUUUCCAUCAUCAUCGUCCUCUUCAUCAUCUUCAAUAUCUAAUCAUGUCCAUGAAAUCGCGACAUUUGGUGAUCAAAUUGCUUCAUUACCUUGUGAAGUAAAUAUUAAAAGUUGUGGUUCCAUUUCAAUGGUCACUUGGUUUAAAAAUGUUUCGUCACAAUGGGAACAUAUUUAUUCAUAUUCAUUUACUGGUGGUGGACAUCACAAAGUAUCAGGUUCAUUUAUUGGUCAACCCGAAAGGAUAUCAAUGGACGAUACAAAUAUUACUCUUACCGGGAUUACUUAUCUAAGGAUUAAAAAUUUAGGAUUAAGUGAUGAAGCAAAUUACAAAUGUGAAGUAACUUAUCAUCAUUCAACAUCAACAAUUAACCAUCAUCACAAUAAUAAUAACAUGAUCAACAACAAUCAUGAUAAUAUUAAUGGUAAAUUGUUAUCGUCAUCAUCAAUGCCAUCAACUGAUUGUCCAACUACAACAUACUCCAAAUUAUUUACAUUAGUGGAGUCUAUGAAGACUGUCCAGUAUUCGGUACAAUGAAAACAAAG